CUCUGGUCUGCUGAGGGCUUAACAGGUCUGGCUCAGGCUAAAUCAAAUACAGAGACCUUUUCAGGACACUGUCAUAACAUGAAUCCUCACUUUUCGGACAGAUCAGAUAUUGGAAGAUUAUCUUCAGCUUCUGGACUUCAUCCCCACAGAGGUGAAGAAGAAAAUAAGGGGUAUGACGGCAGCUAAAGCUAUUUCUUGAUGCAUUUGAGGAAAGCUGUUAAUGCUAGUCUUAUGCAUAUUUUUGUAUCUCUGAAAAGACUGGAACUGAAUGCACGCAGCUCAUUGUUUAAAAUAUUUUUUUAUUGUUAUUAUUAGAAAUGUGAUGUGCUAAAUGUUCAUGAUGCAGCUGGGGGACAAAAAAAAAAUGUUUUCAACACUUAUUAAAACACCAACAAGCAAUUUAAACAGAUUUUAAAAGAAAAUCUGUAACUAAAACUGAGCUGCAGAAAUCAGUCAAACAACCAGCCAUGGAGGCGCGAGGGACCCGGGGCCAACUAGGAGGUCACGACCUGAAGGGUCAGGGGAUCGGCUUUGGCUUCCAGCCCCCUGGACUCCCGGCCAGCUCCAUCAUAACUGCGGUCCAGCAGCAGGACUACUCGGCCAGCGUUUGGCUUCGCAGGAGGGAAAAGCUCGAACACUCUCAGCAGAAGUGCAUUGUGAUAUUUGCCUUGGUGUGCUGCUUCGCUGUGCUCAUGGCGUUGAUUUUCUCGGCAGUGGAUAUUUGGGGAGAAGAUGAAGAAACGGAGGAAGAGUGUUCCAGUAACUGCAGCAUCGUGCUUGUGGAGAACAUCCCAGCGGACAUGUCGUUCUCAGACGACAGCGCCUUCCACCUACCUCUCUCCACAGGGCUCAACAGCUUACUGGACAAAGCUCGAGUUGCUGUGGAGAUCGUCUCCCCCGUCUGGUUCCUCAGUUCCUCUGAUUAUGAGUUCAGCUUCUACCCUGCUGCCGGCCAGGGCAGGACUCUGCUGUCCAGGCUGCAGGGACUGAAAGACAAAGGAAUCCAGCUGAAGAUCUCCACAGGAGACUUCGACUCAGCAGAGCUAAAGACGCUCGCAGACAAUCACGGAGCUGAGGUCCACGAGGUGAACAUGACAGCCCUAACCAAAGGCUUCCUCAAGUCGUCUUUCUGGGUCGUCGACCGGAAGCAUUUCUACAUCGGCAGCGCCAGCAUGGACUGGAGAUCUCUGACCACCAGAAAGGAGCUUGGUGUGGUGGUGUACGACUGCAAACCUCUGGCCUUGGACCUGCACAAGGUUUUUAGCCUCUACUGGGGGCUUCAGUAUAAAACCUCCAUCCCAACCUUUUGGUCCAAGCGUCUUUUUCCCUUCUUUAGCAAAGAGAAACCUGGAAGUCUCUUAGUUAACCAAGCAAAAGUUGAAACCUACAUCUCCAGCUCGCCAGAUGCUUUCAUCACCAAGGAUCGGAGCAGCGAUCUGGAAGCAAUCUCCGCAGUCAUCCAACAGGCCCGCCAUUUCAUUUACAUCUCCACUAUUGAUUAUCUGCCCCUCCUCAACAUGCAACGAUACUGGUCUCGUAUCGACGGCCUUUUAAGAGAGGCGCUGAUCUUGAGGAAGGUUCACGUCCGUCUGCUGAUAAGUUGCUGGGAAGAAACUCAUCCUCUUACUUUCAACUUCAUCUGGUCCCUGAAGAGCCUUUGCAUGGAGCAGGCCAACUGUUCCCUGGAAGCUAAGUUCUUCAACGCGCAGAAGGACAGCAGUCUCAGUGGAAUGAAUCACAAUAGAUUUAUGGUUACAGACAAAGCCGUUUAUAUAGGCAACCUUGACUGGGUGGGGGAAGAGUUCACCUGUAACGCAGGAGCAGGCCUUGUGAUCAGUCAUCCAGCGAAUGUGACAGAGAGGAACUCCACAGUGGUGGAGCAGCUUCAGGCUGUUUUCAAGCGGGACUGGUUUUCACGUUACGCCAACACAAUACAGACUAAUAAAAUCCCAGUUUGCAGCAAGCAACAGAUCAACAAGUCGGUGCUUUUUAAAUCCAGCCACAGAAACUUUGGACCCUUACCAGGCCAACAUGACGCUGGACCUGCACCACUGAGAAACCAUCCAAAAGCUGAUGGACCCACACCGGACAAAAUAGCACGCCGUGAAGACAGGCUGAAAAAAAUCAGCUCGCAAAGCUUGGCCAAUGAACAGGGGCCAGUUAUGAACAACCACCAAGAGAGGGCUGGAAUCAAAAUCAAAACGAGUGACCUUGAUGACGAGCGUGCACAAGUAAAAGACUGGAAGUUUAACAUUUCAGAGGAUCCACCCAGCCGGUGGGCUGAAAGCAGCGGCUUCAGAGAGAUCUCCAAUGGAUCUCUGUGACGUGUAAAGGGCAAUUCUGUUACUGAACUUUUGUAGCAUUUUAACAUUGUCAUUUCUGAGUACAGGAUUUAAGCAUAGUCUGGUUGGCAAAUGUUCACACAAAUAUUCAUCCCACGAUCUCCUCCUGAGAUCGUGGGAUGUCACGAUUCAAAAGAGACAAAAAACAAACAUACCUGCAACAUAUUUAACCAAUUUUCAGUCAAAGGAUGUAAGUGAAGUUAAACCGAUUGCCUGAAUAUGCACUAUAAGAUGUUUUUGGCAGUCAUACCCUAACGCCCUUUAAAAGGGGAAAAAUAACACCUGCAUGCCUAUGCAGAGACGGGAAGAGGUGCAGAAUGUGCAGCUAUAGCAGCUAUAUCUAUUUGGUAGCUCUCCAAAAUGGAUCAGCUUUAUAAUAAUUGCAUUUUUUGUAAAUAGUUUUCUUAAUAUCCAGUAACACUUUUAGAGAGAACACAUUUCUAACUAAAAAAAAACGAAAAAAAAAAAAAAAACAUUACUCUGUUUAUGAGAAAUAGACACUAAUGUGGCUCUGCCCAGACAAUGCUUUUAGUCCUUUUAAUGGAAAUAACUCCUGAAACUGAUUUUUGAAUACCGACCCAAAGCAGAGAAACUGGAGUGCAUAAAGGCUCUUUACAAAUCAAUAUCCAUCAUGGUUUAGUUGGUUGCAAGUUACUGGAAACCACGUAAGAUUGUAUGCAUCGAAGUGAAUUACUUUACUGACACUGAAACAGAUUUAAAUGAUAUAAGCAUUUGCACAAUUUUCUUGUUGCAUUGUUACUACUGAAACACUCUCACUACUCCCCCCCCCCCCCCCACACACACACACACACACACACACACACACACAGGGAGAUACAGUUUAGUAUUUCUCAAUGUGGACGAUGGGCUUUUACUCUGAAGGGCUCCCGACAAACAAAAGUUACUCUACUUUUAUUCCUAUAUCCCAACCAACCAGGAGGAACCGUGCAUUUAUAUUGACUCUUUCCAAACACAGCACUGUAACCAGGGUGCACACAGGGAAAAAUAAUCAUUACAUAUAACUGUAUCAGUAUUUGCAUCUUAUUGCAAAAUCAUCCUUCUUCUUUCUCUGGUCUGUUUUCUGACAGACCAGACAACAGACCAGAUCUCUGCUGUACACUAAAUCAAUGCAAUGAAUUUUUAACCAAGCUGACAGCUGAAGUAGCUGCUGUGGAUCUUCACGGACAUGUUGGACUGUAACGUCAUCCCUGAACCUUACCUGCCUUCCCUUUAACGUAGUCAGAGCUAUGCUGUAGAUUGGUAGGAAAGAAAUACCACUUAGCACUUGACUGAAAGCUUGUAGCAAAUUUCAUUUUUGCAUUUUGAAUGUUAGCAUGUAGCCUGUGUUUACGCAAACCUCUAGCCACGUUUUUUGUGGUUAAAAGCUAUAUCUAAGGGUUCUUUUUCUUUCUUUUUUUCUUACUCUAAAAGCCAUUAAUCAAACAAACAGGAAGGCAUUAUCAGCUGAAAAUACAGUUAGAUGUUUCGGCAUCUUGUCUUGAUUACGGCUAAAAUGAAUACAUCUGUAAUAACUGUCUGUCUUUUAGCCCCAUGGAAAAUACCAGUAAAAAUUUAAUUAAGCACAAACGCAAAGAAGUUUGGUGUAAAAAGAAAUAGCGGUCCACCCAUAGGUAUUUACAAUGCCUUAUAAAAGUAAUCACAGAUGUGGAAAUGUCCAAGGGGUGUCAAUACUUUUGCAAGACGCUGUGUAAAGCAUAUGUCUGGGUCAACUGCACUUUACUCUUUGCUGGAGACAAAGAGUCGGAGACUUUUAUUUUUGUUUACCUUGUGUUUCUUUUGCCUAAGCAUUUUUGGACCAAACCGUUUCUAACCAAACAAUUCAUCAGUAGCUCAAUUAAUCAUGCAAUAACAUAACUUUUGGAGAAGAAAAAUCAAGGGAAUGUUUUGUAACCUCCGUCUUACACAGACAGAGAAAACAUCUAAUGCCAAAUCAGUGAUCUCAGUGGAAGAUCGAACAAUCAUGUGCCAAAAAAAGUGAAUAAAUAAAACAUCUUGGCAUGAAUAUCUUCUGCCACCUGGUGGACGAUAUGAAAAAAAAUAACUUUCUAUAUGUAGGACAAAAUAUUUGUCAGGUGUAGGUGUUUCAUUAUGUUUCACGUGAUUCACAAUUGCUGCUAUAUAAGUCACUAAAAACCCUUUAAUAAACAGCACUGACAGUGGUUUUCAGUUCAUUACAGGGCUAAUGUAUGUCACUUCACAUACAAACUGUAAUGUCCAAUUUCAGCAGAAGUUUGGUCUGAAAGUGUUCUGACACCUGUCGUUUCAUGUUAUUACAUUUCAACAGAUGUAAAAAAAAAAUAAAUUUCACUUUACACCAACAACAUGCUUAAUUCUAACACGUGUAUGUACUUUCCAUUUUGUUUAAUGCACUCUGUAACCACACUGUCACAUUGGACGUAUAUCUGGAAUGCCAUUGAUAACAUUGCAAUUAUCAGCUGAUUGUGAUAUGUCUUGGUAAAAAGAAAAGAAAAUGCUGCUAAUAUACUCUGCCUAUGUCUUUGUGUGAAAUAAUACCUGCCUGUAUGUUUCCCUCUUAGCAGGGACUAUAUGCAUGACACUGGAGUUUGUUUUUACUUGGAAAAAGUGACAUUGAACAUGUCACUUGUCAAGGUUUGAAACCAGAAACGACUUUGCAAAAGCUUUCAUGGCAAAUUAAAAAGGCUUGUUUCUGAAUUGCUUGCUAGGGAUUACUUUGACUGAUAGGAUCUGAGGAAUUUUUAUUUUUGUGAAACUUCUUGGAUUUAAACUAUCUUUAUGAUGUCAGGUGGAACAAAGGUGUUUGUGGAGAUACAAAUUUCAGAAUGAAGAAAUGACUUUCAUUUUAAAGCUAAAGAUUCUCAAAGUCGCCUACAUUUAUUCUGUUGUACCGGCAUGACAUUCUGCAUGCACUGCCUUUAUGAACUUUGCACAGUAUGCUAUGAGCCUUCAUAGAAAUUAAGUUAAAAGGGAACUCUUAUAUACCUUUAAAGACAUGAAUAGAAUGUAUAUUUAUGGAAUAUUAUUGUAAUGCACACCACUGCUU